AUGUCAGAUGAUAAAUUUCAUAAUACAAUUGAGUUGUUAUCCGUAGAACUUUGGCGAGAAAUCUUUGAAUAUUUCAAUUCAAUUGAUUUAUGGUAUUCAUUUCGCGAUUUAAAUAGAAGAAUUGAUGCAAUUAUUGAUCGAACAGUGUUACAUUUAAAUUUUACAAAGCGAGGUACUUAUGGUUACUUUAUGAAAAAUAUUUUAUCACCGAUGAAGGCUGUUAAUGUUCGAUCAUUAAAGUUUACGAAUUCUAAUGAAAUACAACAUUUUUUCUCGAAUUUUUCUCUUGAUUCAUUGAUUUAUCUCCGUUUAUUAUCUUUAAAUUUUAUGUAUUCUUUUAAUGAUAAUUUGUUUACAUUCUGGAAUCAACUUUCAUCUUUGAAAUAUCUACAAUCGUUGGAAAUAAUCUUUUGUGGCUUUUCAGAAGUUGGUAAUUGUGUUGAAGAAAAGAAGUAUAUCAUUCAUUCGAUAUUUAAUAAAGAUUAUUGUCCAUCAUUGAAAUCUUUCAUCAUUAGUACUUGUGGUACGCAACAAGGUACAUCCACAAUUACGUCGCUAAUUACAACAACUAAAACAACAAAUAUUCAACAUGUGUCAAUCGACCAGUUGACUUUUAAUGAUUUAAUUAAACUACUCCCUGCUCUACAAAAUGUUAAAUCAUUUUGCACGGAUUAUUUGUUACUUGAUGAUAAUAUAUCUAACGAACAAUAUCAAUCAUUUAUAAUUGCUAUGUCGUUGCUACCUAAAUGUAAUCAACUGCAUGUAAAAUUAUCAGAUGAUAUAACAUUUGAACAUGUCGAAUAUUUAUUAAAGCAAACAUCUAAUUUAAAAAAAUUAUUCAUGUGGGGUUGGUAUCAUUUACUUGAUGCUAAGAAAUGGGAAUCUUUAUUAUCCAUAUACUGUAUGAAAUUGAUAAAUUUUCAAUUAAUAUGUACUGGACCAAUUUUUGAUGAUAAUUUUGAUCAAGCAAUAGAUGAUUUCCAACAAAUAUGUCAAGCAACAUCAUUUUGGUUCGAACGAAAUGUUACAAUUUCAGAUGAUGAAGAUUUUUCAGCUCAUGAUUAUCGUACUGACGUUAAUGUUCAAUUUAAUAUUAAAAAUAAAGUGAGUUUAAUAUGA